GCCUGUACCUGAAAGAGACUAAAAACCAAAACUCCCUUGCAGACUUUGGAGCUGGUGGGUGGCUUUGGCUUGCAAGUAGUACCAGUUUUAGCUUCCAAACUUUCAGCCAGCUGAAGAGACUUGGACAAGCUCUCUGAGACUCAGCCUACUUCCAUCUCUCUUCCCAGGGAGAGGUUGCAUGCCCUUGAGAUGAAUUCCACUCCUCACCACGGGAUGCACACCUCCCAUCACUUCUGGAACCACAGCGCCUAUGGAGCACGAGGCAAUGCCAGCGAGCCCCUGGGGAAAGCCUACUCGGACGCAGGAUGCUAUGAGCAACUUUUUGUCUCUCCCGAAGUCUUCGUGACCUUGGGGGUCAUCAGCUUGUUGGAGAACAUCCUGGUGAUCGUGGCCAUCGCCAAGAACAAGAAUCUGCACUCGCCCAUGUACUUUUUCAUCUGCAGCCUGGCUGUGGCUGACAUGCUGGUGAGCGUUUCCAACGGCUCGGAAACCAUAGUCAUCACCCUCUUGAACAGCACCGACACGGAUACCCAGAGUUUCACGGUGAAUAUUGACAAUGUCAUCGACUCGGUGAUCUGCAGCUCCUUGCUGGCCUCCAUCUGCAGCCUGCUCUCCAUUGCCGUGGACAGGUAUUUCACCAUCUUUUACGCUCUCCAGUACCAUAACAUUAUGACGGUGAAGCGGGUGGGCAUCAUCAUCAGCUGUAUCUGGGCAGCUUGCACCGUGUCGGGCAUCCUGUUCAUCAUUUAUUCCAACAGCAACGCCGUGAUCAUCUGCCUCAUCACCAUGUUCUUCACCAUGCUGGCACUCAUGGCUUCGCUCUAUGUGCACAUGUUCCUCAUGGCGAGGCUGCACAUUAAGCGGAUCGCUGUCCUCCCCAGUACGGGCACCAUCCAGCAAGGGGCCAACAUGAAGGGUGCCAUCACCCUGACCAUCCUGAUUGGAGUCUUCGUGGUCUGCUGGGCACCUUUCUUCCUGCACUUAAUCUUCUACAUCUCCUGCCCCCAGAAUCCAUAUUGUGUGUGCUUUAUGUCCCACUUUAACCUGUACCUUAUACUGAUCAUGUGUAAUUCUGUCAUCGACCCCCUCAUUUAUGCUCUGCGGAGCCAGGAGCUGAGGAAAACCUUCAAAGAGAUCAUCUGUUGCUACCCUCUAGGGGGCCUGUGUGAUUUUUCUAACAGAUACUGAGCCUGGGAAGAGGAGCAAGUGAGGGGCCGGAGCAUGGCUAAGACUUUAUUCUCCUACCACCUGAACUGUGUGCUUAGCAGAAAGCAGCUUUUUCUUCUGUGUCAGGCAAGGGCUGAGACUAUUUGUUGUCUAAAUUUAAGUAGAUGAAUUUACCAUGUAAAUAAAUGCCUCCUCUCUGUGUAUUGUAAAUGCCAUGCUUUAUGCUUUGGCUGUAAAAUGUUCAUCUAUCUUCUAGACUAAAGGCACUGUGAAUUCACCGAAAAUAAGAGGAAAAAAAUGAAUCUUCAUCCAAAGCUUGA